GGUUAUCCGCGGCGUGUGUAGAGCUUACUGCACUGCCAAGCUAACUACAUUGUAGCGCUACAUCCGCGUUGCUCAUUAUGCGCCCCACUUGCAAAAGCAGUCAUCUAGAAAGGUGAGAAGAGAGACGCGGAUAAAGCGUUUACUCGGGGUAAUCUAGUUGGCCGGUAUGGAGUUUGAAAGGUCAUGCUUCGCUGCGGAUCCACGACAGUAGGACGCCUGUAAGGUUGACAGCUAGUGACCUCAACGUCCGGGUGGAGCUGAGUCGCUGUCCUGUAGACCUGUGAAAGAUCCUGUAGAGGCUGGCGCUUACCAGCUGUUUGUGUUGCUCCGCUGAAAGGACCACGCUGCUGGUGUAGUGUUAGCCUGUGAUGGCAAGGUUUGUUCGGCCACUGGCGCUGAUAACUCUGCUGGCGCUUUGCGCAACUGUCUGUACCAAGCGUUCGACGGACGGGAGGCUCGGUCAGGAACCGUUCGACCUCUCACGGACGGUGCAGCGAGCAGUACGGAGACCAUACUUCCGCCAGCGCCAGUAUGAAAAGAGUGUUCUGGAGCAUCACAUGACCGAGAGCUGGUUGGAGAUCCUGAAGGAGGCGUCGGAAUGGCUGAGCAGCCACUGUGCGUGCCAGUUCGGCAGAAAUAUGUGGAACUGCACCACAUCAUCGUGGAAGAAGUUCCUUCUCCGAGCGCAUCCGGAGGCUGGCUACUUCCGCGCCGCCCUCUCUGCCAGUGUGGUCUUUCACACAGCCAGGCACUGUGCUAUGGGCAAGAUCACGUGCUACAUGGGCAAUACAACCAACAGCAAGAAUCCCAGCCACCUCGAGUACAAGCUGUUCUUCAGUGACUUCGCCAAGAAGCAGACCUUCUGCGACUACCACUUCACGGAGGGCCUGCGCGCUGCCAAGAUCCUGGACAUCCUCGACGGCUUCUUCUUCCAUGCGAUGAGCAAGAGCAAGAAGCGCCGUUGGAGUAGAUCACGGGACCUGCAUACAAACUACUACAACAAUGCAGUAGGCCGCGAGAAAAUCAAGGAUAUCCGACCUCAUCUUCGCUGCUUCUGCAGCGGUCCGAGUGGAACAUGCGUAUUGAAAACGUGUUCGUACGUGGAGACCAAGAGAAUGCUGACGCGCACGGCGGAUGCUCUCUACCAGCAGUAUCAGAAGUUCGUGAACGGUGGCACUGCAGCUGUGGAAAGUGCCCGUGCCCUGAUCGCGGAGGCCCAGGUGCAACCGCGCCCGGCGACGGUCGCCACGCACAGAAACAUGAGCGUGAUCGCCACGCGCCACUCGCCCAACUACUGCCGCCGGAACAGCAACUGGGGCCUGCUGGGUCCCAGGGGAAGAUCGUGCAGGGAGGCGUGCGGCGAGAACGUGGAGUACUUCACCGGCAGUCCAGCCUGCAACGAAAUCUGCUGCGGACGACUGCACACGCACGUAACAGAGUAUCAAUGCGACUGCAAGCUAGAGGACUGGGACCUCAGAUGUAAAAUCUGCAGUCGUGCAGUAACGGUGUGCGCGUAGGGGGCAAUCCCUCCCUGGACCAAUAGUUUGGGGUCGUUCACCCCCCCCCCCUCCCCUCCCCCCGGACGUGGUUGAUGUUCCCACCUAGUGUUCCAUUCCGACCCGAUAAUCUGGAACGAUAUUGUAAUUUUUAGCGUUCUUCCUUGUGUGGACUUGACGGUAGGAAAUUAACGAGUUGAUCACCACUAUUCAGCCUUGGCACUAUUAUUACGCGCUAGGCACACUUCUGUAUGCUAUUUUCAAAUUGCCAGCUAACCCAACCCCUCCGAAUAUGAGAAUAGCUAUUGACCCCUGAGCUGGUGCUGACACUGAUUCUAAUUUAUCUCAUUUUUGAUCGUCAAGAAAGUAAUAGUUCUGCGUACUGUUGA